AUGCAAGUGGCAGAAGCUACUCCCCUCGACGCCCGCCCCGCCAUCGUGGCGCCGUCUCCGCGCAUCCUCGCCUUCCUCGCCUCCAAGGGCCGCCUGCCCGUGGCCAAUUCACCGCCAGGCCCGCCCUCGAUGGCGCUGGUGCCGUCGCCGCCGCGCGAGAAGUAUCCCCUCCGCGAUGAUCGGCUGCCGUGGAAGGACCCGCCCGCCGUGGCCAUCACGCCGUGCAAUCCGUGGCCGCCGCCGUAUUACCUCGAGGACGGGCUGCGCAAGGUGACGCCCUACCACUACACGUACAACACGUACUGCAAGCAGCGGUGGCGCGGCCGCGAGAUCCUCGAUAUCUUCGCCAGCGAGUUCCGCGACCGCCCCGCCGACUACUAUGAAAAGGCCAUUCUCGACGGCCGCGUCGUCGUCAACGGCCAGCCCGUCACCAGCACCAGGACGCUCAUCAAGAACGGCGACAUCAUCUCGCACACGCUGCACCGCCACGAGCCGCCCUGCACCGCCCAGCCCAUUGGCAUUGUGCACGAGGACGACGACAUGAUUGUCAUCAACAAGCCCGCCGGCAUGCCCGUCCACCCCGCCGGCCGCUACAACUUCAACUCCAUCAUCGAGAUUAUGCGCGCCGACCGCGGCUACAGUUGGAACCCCCUGCCCUGCAACCGCCUCGACCGCCUGACGAGCGGCAUCAUGUUCAUUGGCAAGCACAAGCAGGCCGCCGAGGACCUGAGCGCCCAGAUCCGCGGCCGCACCGUCAAGAAGGAGUACAUUACCCGCGUCGUCGGCGAGUUUCCCGAGGGCGAGAUUCUGUGCGAGAAGCCCAUCCUCCAGAUCAGCCCCAAGCUCGGCCUCAACCGCGUGCGCGCAAACGGCAAGGAGGCCAAGACGGUGUUCAAGCGCCUGGCCUACUACCCGCCCAAAGACGACACCAGCAGCGCCGCCGAGAAGCAGCACGGCGAUGCGGAUGCUCAGGGCCAGCCGUGGAAGAAACUCCGUGGCUACUCCAUUGUACGCUGCUUUCCCGUGACGGGCCGCACCCACCAGCUGCGCGUGCACCUCCAGUACCUCGGGCACCCCAUCUCCAAUGACCCCAUCUACGCCAACCAGCGCGUCUUUGGCUCUGAUCUCGGCCGCGGCCAGUCCGAGGACGACGACGACGAGGACAUCAUGUCGCGCCUCUCGCGCAUGGGCAAGGAAGAGGUGGCCGAUGCCGUCGCCUACCACGAUGAAAUGGUCGAUGCAUACAACAAGCGCAAGGCCGAGCGUAUGACGGGCGAAAAGUGCCCCGUCUGCGACACGGAUCUCUACAGCGACCCAGGCGUGCAUGAGCUGGGCAUCUAUCUCCACGCCAGGCGAUAUCGCUGUGAGGAGGGCAAAUGGGACUACCAGACCGGACUGCCCGAUUGGGCAUUGCCGCCGCCGGGAUACGAGGGCCCGACCGAGAGUACAGAGGAAAGCGAUCCACUGGCUGUCGACUUGAAGAAGCUCGGAUUGGACGAUGAAGUUGAAGUUAAGGACUCGAACGGAACAGCUGUAAAGGAACCGCAAGAGCCAGUAGCUGCCGCGUCUUGAUUACGACCGACGGGAUGAGCAUGACUAGACAUGUAUAGAAAAGCAUUAGUUUUAGAUACCC